GUCAGGUGCAGCUGGAGGUGCAGAGCUAGGCUGAUUUUCUUGGAACAGAAGUCUCUUCUAGACCAAAAAUUAAAAUGGGAGUUGAGAAAAUGGACAUGGAAGACACAGACUCUACUCUGAUGGAGAAGGGCAAAAAGCCACCUGUGUCCAGACCUCCCAACAAAUAUGAGACACUGUUCCAACCCUGCCUGGCUGAGAUAGUAGGGACCAUGUUCUUCUGUUUCGUCGGCUGUGUGUCUGUCAUCGAGAAUGUGCCGGCAGCUGGACGGUUGCAGCCGGCCCUGGUGCAUGGACUGGCUGUGGCAGUGAUGGUGGCAGUCAUGGAUAACAUCAGUGGCUCCCAUUUCAACCCUCCCUUCACUAUUGCCAUCUACCUGUGUGGAGGUAUGGAGCUAAUGAUGGUGGGACCCUACCUCGCCUGUCAGCUGAUUGGAGGAGUGCUGGGAGCUGGAAUGGCCAAGAUGAUGACUCCAGCAGAUCGCUAUUUAAACGCCACAGGAGCCGCGUUUGAUAUCCUCAAAUCAGACACCCAGCUGUCUGGAGCCAUCUUCGGGGAGGUGGCCAUGACCUGCUUGAUCACCAUGGUGGUGCUGCUGGUGGCGGUCAACGGCAAGACGAAAACCCCGCUGGCCCCGUUUCUAGUGGGCUGCACCGUGAUCAUUAACGUCCUGGCAGGGGGUGAUGUAUCAGGAACAUGUCUGAACCCCGCUCGGGCUUUCGGUCCAGCUGUGAUGACCAACUACUGGACCUAUCACUGGGUUUAUUGGGUGGGACCCAUAGGAGGAGGUCUGGUAGCCGCUGCUCUGCUCAGGCUUAUCCUUGGUGAUAGUAAGUUACGAGUCAUUAUGAAUUCAUAACAGUCUCCAUUGUGUGUUUAUUGCCAUGCAGGUGACAAUAAACCUGUCAACAAUGUCUGUCUUACUAUGUCAUAUACUUUUGACUCAUGUCGUGGUGGCAUGCGGUCAGUUUGAUGCUGUACCUUUCUUUCCGAACUGUGUGAACACUGUGUACGUUUUUGAUUAUGAAAUAAAGAUCUCUUCAUUUGCCCAUAAUAAA